AGGCCGAUAAAAUGAUUGAUAUGGGCUUUGAACCAGAAGUGAACAACAUCCUCAGCUAUCUACCGGUAACAAAUGAGAAACCAGACACCGAAGAUGCUGAGGAUGAUUCCAAGCUGCUCUCUAACUUUGCAACGAAACACAAAUAUCGUCAGACAGUCAUGUUCACAGCCACUAUGCCGCCUGCAGUGGAACGGAUGGCGAGGUCAUAUCUCCGACGACCUGCAGUUGUCUACAUCGGAAGCGCGGGCAAACCGACUGAACGAGUGGAACAAAUCGUUUAUAUGGUCUCGGAACAAGAAAAGCGGAAGCGACUGUUACAGAUUCUAAAUAAAGGUAUCGAUCCUCCAGUUAUCAUAUUCGUCAACCAGAAGAAAGGUGCAGAUAUGUUGGCUAAGGGUCUAGAGAAGCUUGGUCACAGCGCAGUUGUAUUGCACGGAGGCAAGGGUCAAGAACAGCGUGAAUACGCAUUAGCCAGCUUAAAAUCUGGCCAGAAGGAGAUCCUCGUCGCCACCGAUGUAGCUGGUCGUGGUAUUGAUAUCAAGGAUGUAUCUCUUGUAAUCAACUACGAUAUGUCGAAAACUAUUGACGAUUACGUACAUCGAAUCGGUCGAACUGGUCGCGCUGGCAAAUCUGGUACGGCGAUCACACUGCUCACGAAGGAGGAUACCCCGGUGUAUUAUGAUUUGAAGCAACUGCUGUUGCAAUCCCCCGUCUCAACAUGCCCGCACGAACUUGCCAAUCAUCCAGAUGCCCAAGCGAAACCGGGCGUGUUGGCCGCCAAAAAGCGUCGUGCCGAUGAGACUGUUUAUAUAGCGUGAGACUCAAACCACGCAUCUUAUUUUGUGGAGCGAAUUCCUCUUUCCUUGACCCCAUUGUACAGUCUUGUUAUAAUUUGCAAUGUACCUUGGAAAAAUCUGCUUUUCAUUGUUUUCCCAGGUAUGGUUGUGGCACGCACUUUGCUGACUGCUGCUCACCAG